AAUCUAAACCUUAUUUCAUCACACAACACAUACAUACAUAUUACAUACAUUGAAAACAAAAUAGUGAUAAUCAUCAUGGCUAAGUUUGCUUCCAUCAUCACCCUUAUCUUUGCUGCUCUUGUUCUCUUUGCUGCUUUCCAGGCACCGUCAAUGGUGGAAGCACAGAAGUUGUGCGAGAGGCCAAGUGGAACAUGGUCAGGAGUUUGUGGAAACAAUAAUGCUUGCAAGAAUCAGUGCAUUAAUCUUGAAGGAGCACGUCAUGGUUCUUGCAACUAUGUCUUCCCAUAUCACAGAUGUAUUUGUUACUUCCCAUGUUAAUCUCCCAAAACCCAAAUAUCUUUGGUGCUUAAACGUGUGUAUUUUACAUAAAAUAAGUCUGUGUUACUCUAUGAGUGACUUUAUGACAUGCAUGCAAGUUUAUGUUUGAAUGUUUAGUUGGACUUUGUUGUUAUAAUACCCCAUAUAAUGUAAGAUGUACGACGUAAGACCUUUCUAUUUCGUAUU